AUGGCCGCCAUGUCGAGAGGCCAAACCGCGAAGCCGGCUGCAAAGCCCAAAUCCAAGGUCGCCAAAUCAGCGCGCCCCCAGAAACGGGUCAAGGGCGGCACCGAAUCGACGCGCAACCAUGUCUUCAAAGGCUUCACCCAGCGCAUUGCCCAGCUCAAGAUCGAACCCAUCCGCCGCGGUCGCAGCACCUUCCUCGACGACGCCGAACUCGAAUCCACCUUCUCCUACUUCCGCGACUCGUUCAAUGAGUGGCGGGAGCUCAACAUGUCCGAGGGCUUCACCACCUUCGCCCGCAAGGUCGCGCCACUAUGCGACAGCCUCCCCCAGGUCCUCCACCACAGCGACCGCAUAUUCGACCUGCUCGUAGAAUACAUCGAGAAGGGCGAGAAGUUCAGCCAAGAACCGUUGCUCAGUCUCACGGCGCAUCUGGCACACGACAUGGGCGAGCGGUUCGAGAAGUACUUUGAAAAGGCAGUCACGACGGUGUCGCAUCUGGCAGCCACACAUGCUGAUGUCGAGGUCAUAGAGUGGGCUUUUGGCUGUCUCGCAUGGCUGUUCAAGUACCUCUCGCGCCUCUUAGUCCCCAACCUGCGCCCGGUCUUCGAUCUCAUGUCGCCUCUGCUGGGCAAAGAGCGCCAGAAAGCCUUCGUCUCCCGUUUCGCCGCCGAAUCGCUCAGCUUCCUAGUCCGCAAAGCCGGCGCCGGCUACCACCGCGACAAGAUGCCUCUCCGGACAAUCAUCAAGCACAUAUCGGACCAGCUGAAGGACCAGCAAGAGUCGGGCAAGGACUACGCGUUCCAGCAGGGUCUCAUGUACCUGUUGACCGACUCGCUCAAGGGUGUACAACGCGGAUUCCACUCGAGCGCGACGGCCAUACUACAGGAGCUUUUAGCAGAGACCUACAACGAAGAGCACGUCCAACUCCGCAUCCCGCCUCUGGAGCCCGUGGUGACUGGCGUCAUCACCGCUGCUAUCCAUCAUACCGACGCAGAAAACUUCGCGCCACUCCUCGAAGUGAUUCUCGCACAGAUCGAUAAGACAUCUUCCGAUACGCGUUACAUGGGCCUUUCGUCUCGUCUGCUGCUAGUCGCUUGUGGUGUGCGACAAGGUGAUCGUGUCGAUGACUGGCAACCCGUGCUGAGCUUGGUCAAUCAUUUGCUGAACUCAACCAAGGAAUCAUCCACUCUCGAUUCCGUUGAUGCGUGGGAGCUUUUGUCGGUCGUCUCUGUUGUGUUCCAAUACUGUCCUCUUGGCGCAGCGACACCAUACGGAAAAUUGCUCGAAGGGCUUACCCGCGGCCCCUGGGAAUCAUACUUCUUACCCUUCUGCAAUCUCUUUGCUGACCUAGGGGUGGAGAGAUUCAGGACGUUGCUACUUCCUUAUUUCAAGAGGUUCAUCGCGCAGAAGGCACACGAGCACGGAUCACAAUUUUGCGCUAUCCUCCCUCGACUUUACUACAAGCGCGACAACAACGACAACAGCGCGCUGGCGAAAGUCGAUCUACAGGCUUCUGAUCAAUGGCAAGUGACCGUACACGAACCGUUCGACAAGCUUCUUGAGUCUGUACGCGGCGAUGUCGAUUCAGAUUACGAAACAUUUUACUGCAAUGCUUUGCUAUUCGCUGUAGAUACGCUGCGUCUAGGAAACGAUAAGACCCACGGAAUAAUGACCGACCUUGCAGAGCUACUCAAGAACGCCUUAGACACCGACAGCGCAAAGCCCCGACAAACUGUAGACAUAUUUGCCACCGGCAACGGGUUUCAGGCCCUCAUCAGUAAAGGCGACAGUGAUGACUUGACGACAAGUUUAUGGCCUGCGUUGUGUCAAGCAUCUCCUGUAUAUGGCCAUUCUCUAGCUUUCUGGCGCGCAUUCCUGCGCUUAUUGGAGCGGGAAAAGACCAAAGUCGACAUUACCGGCUCUCACAUGGAACCUCUGAAGCGAACACUAAUGCGCUGCUUGGGGUCUCCAUCACAUGACCUAAGAUUCACAGCCAUACAAGUCUUGAAGAUAAUUGCAGGGCAGAGCCAGGAACAUCAGGACAUACUGCAUACCGCGAUGCUGAUCGAGCAGACACCACUGAAUCUAGAGACUCAGAGAUCCAUUGCGAUGCGCAUAGGGCAAAUCGCGAAACUGUACCCAGGUGUAUGUUCUAAUGAAUGGAUAGGGGAGGCCAUACCCGCUUUCUGUCUAGGAUUGCUACACGUCAAACUAGCUUCGGUCUGGAACGACAGUUGCGCAGCUUUGAAGGCCAUUUGCCAGACAAAAGAAGGCGAGGGUUUCGUCACCCAACAUGUUUUCGAAUGGCUGAGUGCUUCCGAUGCCAGCGAAAGUUUCACGAACGCAUCUCAACCGGAAUCCACACAGCGACCCUACGCCACAGACUUCGAGUGCACCAACCUCAUGGAGCUGCAAGGGCGUGUGGCCAAUGUACAGUCACAGGCUGACAGUACUAAGGAACAGCUGGAGACUUUAUUCAAGGACAAUCAUGCCGAAGUACCUUUCCACAAUCCUUUCAGCAGGACACAAGCUCUCCGAGUAUUGGAUUCCCUGCCACACAUCGCGGAGAAGCGUUCUCGCCUUCUUGUCCCCGUGCUGCUAAACUGGGCACUGAACCAGGCCACACCGGAGCCUGAAAAUGCGCCCAAUCCCGAACAAGAUGCGGAUGCCAUUCUGCAGGAUCGCUGGUCAAGGAAAGACCAGAAAGCAAUGCUUUCAAUCUUCGCCAAGUUCAACAACCCCAAGGUCCUGUACCGUACGGACGAGGUUCGCGAAGCUCUGCUUGCUUUACUAGGAAACGGAGACAUCGAGAUCCAGAAAGCCGCUCUGAAGGCACUUCUCACGUGGAAAGAUCCAGUCAUUGUCAAACACCAAGAACAACUGCUCAAUUUGCUUGAUGAUGAGCGAUUCCGUGACGAGCUACCAAUCUUCCUCAGCGAAGGAAAGCUGCAGGAUACCGACGUCGAUCAAGUACUUCCGAUUGUUCUGCGACUUUUAUACGGAAAAGUCAUAGCUGGCAAGCGAGGUCUGGAGUCGAAGAGGAAGGCCGUUUUCGUCGGCCUGAAGACCAGAUUCGGAGAUGACGCUAUACGCCAAUUCUUGCAGAUCGCGUUCGGGCCUUUAGGCCGCAUCUCAAUUCUCAAAGACUCCGCGGUCGAUGAAGAGCUGCUGCAGAAAGAGCUGGUAGACCCGCGAAAGCAGGUGGGAAUGUUGAACCUACUUGAUGACUUGCUGAGUACGUUUGCAACUACAUUCGCGCCCUUUGCCGGAAUCGUCGUGGAUCCCAUUCUAUACUCAGCCACCAAGGCAUCGCGAGAACUGUCAAGACCAAACGAAAGCGAAGAUGACGAAGGUCGAGCGACAAAGACCUCCUUACUGAAGACUAUCCGGCAGCGGGCGCUGCAGAUUCUGGGUAGGCUGUUUGAAAACUGUCCGGACUUUGACUGGAAACCGUACGCAGGUGUUCUAGUCAAGGAGAUGGUCGAGCCCAGGCUCGAGCAGCUGCCCAUUGAGACAGCCCAGUCCGUCUCAGGACUACUCAGAUUGUUCGCGGCAUGGUCUAAAUCAAGCCGGACAGCUCCGUUCUUGGUAGAACUCAACCCUGCCAUUCUGCACAAGAUCAUAGACUGCCUGGAGGUACCAUCGGCUAAGGACGAGGUCAAGUGCUUUGUCUUGAACGACAUCGUUCGAAGCAUCGUUUCUCUUGUCACCGAAGAAGAUGAGACACCGACGACAGAGUCGAAACUCCUCAGGAAUCGUAUCCAUACCGAUAUCAUCCAGCCAUACUCAACUGCGAUACUCCACCGAGUUGGCCAACUACUUCGCCAAAGCCCUGGUAAAGAAGUGCUCGAAGCCGGUGUACAAACGGUGGCAGACCUAGCGCCUCAUGUAGUCGGUGCCACGGAAUCCCGGAGCAUGAUCGAGAUCGCAACUUUCUUGCUUCGCCAGCCUUCAAAGCGCGUCAACCCACGUACUAAGCUUGGCUUACUCAAGAUCCUUCAUGAAUUCAUCCAGCGAUGUGAUAGCCAGAGUUUGCUUGAACUCUUUGACACAACCUACGAUGCUAUCUCACCUAUGUUCAGUUUCGUUCAGGAUCGAAUAGCCCGAAGCUUGCUUUGCGAUGUUCUCCAGGAUCUCUCCGACACCAACGGUGAUCUUACAGUGAUCGCAAAGCUGUGCCAUGAUCUGAAUUCAUUCGCUACUGGACGGCUCGAUGAACCAGACUUUGAACGCCGCUCGCAAGCUUUCAAUGCCAUAAACGAAGAAAGUUAUCGAUCAUACACGCUCACACAGUGGAAGCCUCUAGUUUACAACAUGCUGUAUCUCAUCAAGGAUAACGACGAGCUCAGCAUUCGAGUCAAUGCAUCACUAUCUCUACGUCGUUUCAGCGAGGUCGCGUCGAGCGAACAGUUCAAAGAAUUUGUGUCAGCUGCAGUCCUACCUGGGAUUCAGAAUGGUGUGCGGGAGAAUUCGGAGCUUGUGCGGGUCGAAUACCUUGCCGUCCUGGAACAUCUGGUCAAGACACAUUCAGACUGGACUCCCGUAGCCGAUCUGCAUGUCCUCCUCUCAGAAGAUGACGAGGCAUCGUUCUUUGGCAACAUUUUGCACAUCCAGGGUCAUCGACGACUGCGAGCCUUGCGCCGUCUGGCCACCCACGCGUCCCACCUGCGAGGUACCAACAUCUAUCACAUUCUGAUACCACUCCUCGAGCACUUCGUCUUCAACAAGGGUGACGACGAGGCUGCUGACAGCCUUCUGGGAGAGACGAUCAAGACACUCACAUCUUUGACCGAGAGUCUUGAAUGGCCGCAGUUCCGUUCCCUACUCAAACGCUACAUCGGCUACCUGACUAGCAAGGAAGACCUGCAAAAGCCUAUUAUCCGAUUGAUCGCAGGUCUCAUGGACGGUUUGAACCAAGCAGGACGUGCCAAAGCUUACAUUGCCAAGCCCUCCUCUCAAGGCGCAUCCGAGACAGAGGAAGCUGGGGACGCUAUGGAGAUUGACCAGCCCUUAUCGACUUUGGCCAAGACGCUCCCACAACAGGACAAACUUAGCACCGAUCUAAUCAGCAACUUCCUGCCCGACUUGACCAACUUCCUACACAAGAAGGAUGAGGCUACCGUCAGUUUACGAGUGCCGAUUGCAACCGCGAUUGCCAAGAUUCUUCUGAUUCUGCCGCCGCUCGAGAUCGAGACACGGUUACCGGGCGUUCUUCUGGAUAUCUGCUACAUCUUGAAAAGUCGCGCGCAAGAGGCACGCGACAUGUCGAGAAACACCCUCAGUGAUAUUGCUACGAUACUGGGCCCUGGCUACGUGGGCUUCAUCCUGAAGGCUUUGCGGACUGCGCUUCAACGCGGUUACCAGCUCCACGUUCUGUCGUUCACUUUGCAUACCAUUCUGGUCAAGCUCGCCGACCAAACGAACCCAGGUGAUCUUGAUUACUGUCUGGUGGAGCUAGUCGAUGUUAUCAUGGACGACACUUUCGGUGCUGCAGGUCAGGAGAAGGAUGCUGAAGAAUACAUUUCUAAGAUGAAGGAGGUGAAGAGCAGCAAAUCUUUCGAUUCCAUGGAUAUCGUAGCACGGUGUGCCACUCCCGCGCAUAUCAUCAAGCUCGUCCUUCCGAUUAGAUCUCUUCUGAUCGAGAAGCUCAAUGCAAGGAUGGUUCAGAAGAUCGACGAGCUUUUGCGACGUAUCGGACUCGGUGUUCUUCAGAACCCCACGGUGAACAACAGGGAUAUCUUGGUAUUCUGUUAUGAGCUCAUCCAGGAGGCAUAUGCUGCAACCACGACCACCGAAAAGAAGGCCAAGAUCGACCCCAAGAACAAGCGGUAUCUGAUCAACAACCGGGGAGCAGCCAAGUCUGGCGCAAGACUUAGCACCAAUUCUUACCUGUUUAAGAUGAUUCGCUUCGGUAUGGAUAUUCUUCGGACUGUGCUCCGCAAGCAUGAAGACCUCCAAACUCCCCAGAAUCUGGCUGGCUUCCUUCCGAUCAUUGGCGACGCCAUGGUACAAGGACAAGAAGAGGUGCAGGUCUCGGCUGUUCGCCUUCUCACAACCAUCAUCAAGGUACCGAUGACGGAGCUGGACACCAACUGCCCCGUGUACAUCGACGAAGCGAUGCGCGCCAUCAAGGGCGCACUGUCGUCCAACACGGAGCUUGCGCAAGCCUCACUGAAGUUAGUUUCAGCGGUGCUACGCGAGCGACCAAACGUGCCGAUCAAGGAAAGAGACGUCGGUCACCUCCUCAAGCGCAUGAUUCCCGACUUGGACGAGCCAGAUCGAUCAGGUGUCACUUUCGGUUUCCUCAAGGCUGUCAUGAACCGUCACAUUGACGUUCCUGAGAUGUACGAAGCCAUGGACAAGGUAGCCGAAAUGAUGAUCACCAAUCAGACGAAAUCCGCGCGCGACAUCGCCCGUUCGCACUACUUCCAAUUCUUGACCUCCUACACGCAGAGCGAGAAGCGCUUCAAGAAGCAGGUCGAAUUCCUCCUCAAGAACCUCCGCUACGAGCAUGUGGAAGGAAGGCAGUCAGUCAUGGAGGCGCUCGAUCUCAUCAUCGGAAAGGCGCUGCCUCGCUUCCCGGAGAAGGCACAGUAUGAGUACCACGGCAUCAUGUUCCUCCCGCUGAUCAACACUGUGGCAAACGACGACUCACCCAAAUGCCGAGAAAUGGCUAGCUUGCUCAUCAAGAGGCUGUUCCAACACGCGAGCGACAAGCGGUUGCAAAGUUUCGCGUCUGACCUUAAGAAUUGGCUGGAGCAGGACGACAACGUUGGUCUUAAGCGUCUGGGCAUUCAGUGCUUUGGGUUCUACUUCGAAGCAAUGGAAGAGGUUGAAGAGCCAAAGGAGGUAGCAUACGUUCUUGAUCGGCUCGACGCAACGAUUGAUGAGUGUUUGACACGACGCGAUGAAGACGACUGGGAGUUGUUGUACUACUCUCUCACUCUACUCUCCAAGAUCUGCAAGAAGUACACCGACACCAUGUUUGCAUCGAACAAGGAUAGCCUAUGGACCGCAGUACAAGCAAGCGCAACUUACCCGCACUUAUGGGUCAAGCUCAAGGCUGCGGAGCUGUUGGGUACAUACUUUGCCCAUCUGGGUGUCUCGAACAAGGACACUGGUCUUGGUGCUCUACCUCUGGAGGGGUCAGGUGGUCUGCAACUAACAGAGCAGAGCAUGACGCAGCUCUGCAAUGCCUUCCUGAGGAAUCUGCUCAACCCCGAGGUCUCAGAACAGCUCUGCAUGCAGAGCGUCAAGAAUAUCGCUUUCCUCGCGCGCUGCCUCGCUGUCAACGGCGCCAAAUGGCACUGGCAGAAGACCGACGACGAAGAAGAAGCGGGAGAAACAGCAGCGUCAACAAACGGCGCCGCAUCAGCCCUAGACGACGAAGAAGAUUUCUCCGGCUUCUCCCCUCCACCCGAAUCGAAGAAGCCCGAGAAAACAGACGACACUCCACCAACAGCGAUCCACCGCCUCAUGAUCCGCCUCUCAGGCAUCGUCCGCAAAGAUAAGAGCACCAUGAACGCAAAAACAACCAUAAUGUCCCUCUUCGACACCAUCGCCGCGAAAUUCCCUCUAGAACCGCUUUCAACAUCCCUCCCCCACCUCCUCACCACACUCUCCACCCUAACAUCCACCGACGCCACCUUCCCCAAAGCAAGUGCCGCGCUCGCUCCCACUUCCAACAACAACCCGCCUGUAGACCCAUACAAAGCGCUAUCAGAUAAGGCGCGCGAGGUCAUGAAUACGCUGCAGAAGCGGUUGGGUACGCAGGAGUAUCUUAAUGUUAUGGCGGAGGUGCAAAGAGGUGUUCGGGAGCGGAGAGAAGAGAGGAGGCGCAAGAGGAAGGUGGAUGCUGUGUUGGAUCCUGAGAAGGUGAUGAAGGAGAAGAGGAGGAGGCAUGAUGUUAAGAGGGUUAAUAAGAAGGCGAGGAGUGCGGGAGAGAAGGGGAGGAGGCAGGGAUGGUAG